GCGGGACAGACUCCUCGCCUCGCUUGCCCCCGACCGGCAACAAGUUUCUGCACACUUCUCGAUAAGUUAUCAGUAAAUAAUUGCAUGAAGUCAUCGAUUAAAUUAAGUAGCACAAGCAAAACAACACAUGUAGCCGUACCGCAACAGUUUUCUCAGAUAAAUCUCGCCGUUGCAAAUGCUGGGUCCACUAAGAUUAACAGUAAACUUGCGAAGUCCGGUGUUUAAGUUUGACAGCUAGUGAACUCUACAAGUGUUCGUGAAAAGUUUGGUGCGAUCCAAUUGGUUGUUAUCUUAUUUUGUUUGAUUGUUUGCUAAAGUGGCCACGAUGAACGGAACGCCGGCAAGGAGAUCCAAGAAUGCGUUCUCUGAGACGGGAGUUCGAAUAAAAGAAGUAUCAGAAGGCAGACCUUGCGACAAUUGUCCAGAGCUAUGUCCAGGAUUCAUUCCACAUGCAUGGAGAAAGAGUUGCAAGUCAUGCGGCUGCGACCGUCUCACCCAUUCGGUGUACCACGAGGAGUUGGGCUCCGUCCGACAACGGCUGGGCCUCAGGGAUACCCGGCCCAACCACCAUGGGUACGACAGUCCGCCAGGACUAACCGCCAAACAAACCGAACUAUAUUGGGCAUCUUUAGCUGAGCGGGCACCAACCAGUGUAGGUGGCGCCACCGGUGCAGCGGCAUGGCACUCAUGGAGAACUAGAUCACUAGCCUCUCAGUUACCGAAACAAGAUCUCUCUCUAGCACAUUGUCGGCAUGUUGACGAUGGUCAUAGAAAACAAUUUGAAGACUUCGUUUCAGCUCGUAAUGAAAUUGCUUUAGAUAUUGGUGUUGCAUAUCAACAUCAUAGUAGCCCGAUAGAUUGUUUGGGAUGUGAUAAGCCUAUUCGCAGUGGAAGUAUUGCAAUUCAAGCGCCGAGAAUUAGUGAAGAGGCUUCAUAUCAUCCUGCUUGCUUCUCAUGCUCGGAAUGCGGUGAACUCCUGGUAGAGCUUGCGUACUGUGCUCUAGAUGGUAGUUUGUACUGCGUGAGGCAUUAUGCGGAACGACUGAAACCGAGGUGUCAUGCUUGUGAUGAGCUCAUUUUCAGCGGCGAGUACACCAAGGCGAUGAACAAGGACUGGCACAGCGGUCACUUCUGCUGCUGGCAGUGCGAUGAGUCGCUCACGGGCCAGCGCUAUGUGCUCAGGGAUGAGCACCCCUACUGCAUCAAGUGCUACGAGAGUGUCUUCGCCAACGGCUGCGAGGAAUGCAACAAGACCAUCGGCAUCGACUCUAAGGAUCUGUCGUACAAGGACAAGCACUGGCAUGAGGCGUGCUUCCUCUGCGCGAAGUGCCGUGUGUCGCUGGUGGACAAGCAGUUCGGAUCUAAACUGGACAAGAUCUAUUGCGGAAACUGCUAUGAUGCCCAAUUCGCUAGCCGCUGCGAUGGAUGCGGAGAGGUGUUCCGUGCUGGCACCAAGAAGAUGGAAUACAAGACCAGGCAGUGGCACGAGAAGUGUUUCUGUUGUGUCGUGUGCAAGAACCCUAUCGGGACCAAGAGUUUCAUCCCCCGCGAACAGGAGAUCUACUGCGCCGGCUGCUACGAGGACAAGUUCGCCACCCGCUGCGUUAAAUGCAACAAGAUCAUCACGCAAGGAGGUGUGACGUACAAGAACGAGCCGUGGCACCGCGAGUGCUUCACGUGUACAAACUGCAACACGUCGCUGGCCGGUCAGCGGUUCACUUCCCGCGACGAGAAGCCAUACUGCGCCGAAUGUUUCGGAGAAUUGUUUGCGAAGCGAUGCACUUCUUGCACCAAGCCCAUCACUGGCAUUGGCGGCACACGUUUCAUCUCUUUCGAGGAUCGCCACUGGCAUAACGAUUGCUUCAUCUGCGCGCAGUGUAAGACCUCCCUGGUUGGCAAGGGCUUCAUCACCGAUGGCCAGGAUAUCAUCUGCCCGGAAUGCGCCAAACAGAAGCUAAUGUAAAUAACUCACGCCAGCUUGCUCUAACGCUUCCUCUCGUCAGGUGUGUAACUGUUCUCAUUUCAAAAUCCGAAUAACUAUCAUAUCUGGAUGCAUAUAUACUUUUUAUUAAAAAAAAUACAUUUUUAAUACUGGCAGCACAGAAUGAAAUGUUUAAAAACGAUUGACGAUAAAAAACCACAAUAAUUAUUUGUGAUUAGUGAAUGCUUGGCGUAAGUUUCAGCACGUUUAUUUUUUUAAACUAAUAAAAAAAAAGUGUGACUGACCAUAGAUUUUUGUGAUUGUGCAGCGAAAAAACCAUUCUACCGAUUGUCGCUAACGCCAGAGACUGGUGCACAUUCAAUAAGCAGGGAACACCCAGCGAUGAGCUAUUCGAUCUUGUCGACAAAAUCAACUUUCGUAAGGUCGUCCCUUAGUUACUUAUUACUUAGAAGCGUUGUUGAAGAUAUUUUUAUACAAAAACACAUGAGAAAAUCAUAAAAAAAAUGUGAAUGCACAAAAUAUUUAUUAAGUAUUAAUUUCGCUUUUUUACUGAACUCUAUUUAAGAUGUUUAUAUAUUUUGACUGUUUAGUUUGUUAUUGUCACUAAUAUUUUGCAGUAAUCUACCCAUAUUUUAUAUGUAUCACAUAUCGGUUAUAUAUUAUGCUAAUUGCCAUAUAAUUUCGCUUUGGCUGUUGUAUUAGUCCUUUAGAUUAUAUUGUCAAUUUACCUAGAGCGAUUCACACGUUGCCUUAAUAACAUAUCUAAGUCAAUUUCGAGGGUAUAUAUGUAUAUAUAUAUUAUUUGUGUUGUAUGUAUAUGAAUAUAUAAAUUAAAAUAUAUUCGACAUGCUCUGGUGCUACCAGAUUUCAUGUUAAAUCUUAGACACUUCCAAAAGGAUUGUAUUAAGUGCUUGUCAUUGUUUAAAAUGCGUAACAUAGUGUAUAAGAAAUCUAUAUUGACAGAGUAAUGUAUUGUUAAGUAUUUAUUUGGGAGUAUGCACUUUUUUAAUGUAACAUCGGCGGUGUUACCAUGUCACAGAAACACUUGAGAUUCUUUAGUUGUAGUGUUGCCAUAUAAUAUGCGCCGCCGACGGACACAACCUAACAAUAAUUAUUUGUUAAGCGACGCGGAGUCAUCUAGUUUUACUAAUAAAAAAAAAUAUUAUAAAAAUAUUUUUGUUCUCCAAUAGGAAUCGUGUUACAAUAAUGUAAUUGAAUGUUAUUGACAUUUUUACAUGACUAUAAUACUAUUUUUUAGAUUUUAGCGACGUAUUAUAAGAGAAUAACAUCUGUGUUUUGUGAUCGCGUUUGCGAGCUGACCACGAAUUGUUUGGGGAUCACUUUAUAAGGGUUACUUGUUAAGGGUUAAAUUAUUCUAAUGUUGAUUAUUAAUUUAUAAUACUGUGUACUUUAAACUGCUUAGUUGUGUGAUCUGAUCUAAUUAAAUCUUUGUAUAUCUAUCUACCCAUAGAUUGUAAAACUAUGAAACUGAAAUAAAUGAAUAAAAGUAA